CGGCCUCGGAGCAAAGCAGGGGGGCAGUGGAGCCAGGCUUGGCCCUCCUCCCCAGGCUGCAAGGCGAGCCCUGUCUCGUGUCCCAGCCUGCUAGCAGGUGGCCAUGAAACUCAUCAUUCUGGAAAACUAUGGACAGACCAGCGAGUGGGCUGCAAAGUUCAUUAGGAAUCGAAUCGUUCAGUUUAGCCCUGGUCCAGACAGAUACUUCACUCUUGGACUUCCCACAGGAAGCACCCCAUUAGGGUGCUACAAAAAGCUGAUUGAAUAUUACAAGAAUGGAGACCUGUCCUUCAAGUAUGUGAGAACCUUUAAUAUGGAUGAAUAUGUAGGUCUUCCAAGGGAUCACCCAGAAAGUUAUCACUCCUUUAUGUGGAAUAACUUUUUCAAGCAUAUUGACAUCUCUCCAGAAAACACCCACAUCCUGGAUGGAAACGCAGCUGACCUACAAGCAGAGUGUGAUGCUUUUGAGGGAAAAAUUAAAGCAGCUGGAGGGAUCGAACUGUUUAUUGGAGGUAUUGGCCCAGAUGGCCAUAUUGCCUUCAAUGAGCCUGGCUCAAGUCUGGUAUCCAGGACCAGAGUGAAGACACUGGCUAUGGACACCAUAUUGGCUAAUGCAAGAUUUUUUGAUGGAGACCUCUCCAAAGUCCCCACAAUGGCUCUGACAGUUGGAGUAGGCACAGUCAUGGAUGCCAGAGAGGUUAUGAUUCUGAUCACGGGAGCCCAUAAAGCCUUUGCUCUCUACAAAGCCAUUGAGGAGGGGGUGAACCACAUGUGGACCGUCUCUGCCUUUCAGCAGCAUCCCAACACUGUCUUUGUGUGUGAUGAGGAUGCUACGCUAGAACUCAAAGUUAAAACAGUGAAAUACUUCAAAGGUUUAAUGCUUGUUCAUAACAAACUUGUGGAGCCCCUAUAUAGUAUGAAGGAGAUGGGAGUAGAAAGAAGCCAGUCUAAGAAGCCAUACAGUGAUUAGUUUCUUCUGAUCCAGGGCACACCAACAGGUUCUUCUCUGGGACAUCAGCUGUGGGGCAGGAGGAGUUGCUACACACACUCUUAUGUUGGCUCUUAAAUUAACAAAAAAAAAGUGUACUUGCUUUUCUCCAUCUCCCGCCAGGCAGGUGGAUGCUGACUAUACGGCAUUAAUUAAGCACGACUGGACCCUCUGCAUUGUGUACUGGCAACUUCCAAUACUAACUUAAUUCUCUAAUGAGAGAGUCGGUUGUGAACAAGGUAUUAAUCUAUAUAGCAACUAAAUCGGGCAUCUCUAGUAUCAAAUAUGAAGAUAUGUAAAAAGCUGAUUAUGUAAAAUAAGUCUAUGACUGCUUUUUUUUUUUUUUUUUUUUUUUUAAUUCUCCCACAAUGCUUCUUCCUGACCCUGGUGAAUUUGUACUGGCCCCUGCUGGAGGCUGCCAGUAAGUAACCUUCCUCAAAACUUGCACCUGUUAGUUGGUACUGAUAAGUCCUACUCCUGGGAGGGACUGGACACUUUUUGGGUUUCCUUUUUCCUCAGUAAAGUAAAAACCUUGA